CAAGCACAAAACGGAUCCGGGCGUGCGACCAUGGCAUCGAUCCCGCGAGGCGAAGAGUGGGGGGUGGCGUCGCCGCUGCCUUCUUCAACGAACGACACGGACGACCCGAACGGUCAGUUGGAUGAGCGUGACAACGACGACGAUGACGGGAGCGGUGACGACGACGAGAGUGGCGAUGACGACGAGCCCGAAGGCGACGACGAACAGACGAUCGUCGACAUGGGGCGACACAAGCGCAUGCAGCGCAUUCAAAAGGUGCUGUACGACCAGUUGGUCGGCAACGACACGCAGAUCGCGCUCGAGUUGCGGGAGAAGGAAGAGGAGCUUCGUCGGGCCAAGACCAAGCGGGAGGAUUUGGGCGUCGAGCUGUAUGGGGUGCAGCAGCAGCUUGCGCAGCUCCAAAUGGCGCUGGAAGGUGCACACAACAAGCUGAACGAAACCCACGACAACCGGUUCAAGGCCGAGGACAACUUGGACGAGGUCAAGGAAGAGUACAAAAAGAAGAAAGGGGUCGUCGAGAAGAGCCGAGUGCAGCUGCACAAGGCGCAAGUUGAGCUCGACGCGCUCAACCAAACGCUACGGCAAGUUGAAGCGUACAACGACGAGAUGAAGUCCGAGAUCGCGCGGAGCCAGCGGGCGGCCCACAAGGCCGAGGAAACCGUGACCAACUUGGAGAAGCAGAAGAAGAAGCAGGACUUGUACAUUGACAAGCUGACGGAGGAAGUCAAGGCGCUCAAGGAGAACAUUCAGCUGUACGGGGCGCAGCUGAAGGUGCAAGCGCAGGAAACGGAGGCGGCGGAGGACACGCUCAAGGAAGCGGCCAAGCAAAUGGAAGCCACCGCGUUUGAGAAAAAGCAGCUCAUGCAGCAAUGGAAGAGUUCGUUGAUUGGUAUGCAGCAGCGCGAUCAAGCGCUCGUGGCCACCCAAACCGCCAUCAAUGCCGUCAACGAGGAGGAACUUGCAGUCGCAUCCGAAAUUCGCGGCUACAAAACGUCGAUGGAAAAGGCGCAAGCAGUCAGCGAAACGCUAACAGGGACCAUCGAUCGCUUCGACUCGGAAAAUCGCUACGUUGAGGAGCAACUCGGUGGGAUUCAGCAGGACAUGGACAAGCUGUCGGAGCGAUACGACAUGCUGCAAAAGAGCUUGAAGCAAACGGAUGCGCAAGUCGAGAAAGUCGUUCAAGAGGCCAAGAAACUCGACGUUGAGACGGCCAGUGUGAUGCAAAACUUGGAAACGGUCCAGAAGGAGCGCCAUGCACUGGAAGACGCGAUUCAAGCGCAAAAGAACACGCAGACCACGAUGAACAAGGCGGCCAACAACCUGGUGAAAGAAACGCAGAAAAUCCAAACGGCGAUCCAUGAAAAGGAAAUUUUGUACGCCAACAUCAAGAACGAAAUGGCGCGUGUCAACGUCGACAUCCUCAACGUUCAAGCCCACACGGCGCAACUAAAGGACACCCACGAUAAAAUCGUGUCAGACCUGAAGGCCAAGGACUUGGCCGUCGAGCAGACCGAGCUCGAGAUUCGCCAGCGCAACGACGAAAUCGAAAAGAAGAUGCUUCGCCUCGACCGACUCAACAAAAAGUACGAGCAGCUCGUGUCCAAUAUGGUGGACGAAAACACGGGGCCGCUGGAGGCCACGAUCAAGAACAUCAAGAAGGAAACUCUGGUCAAGAAGAAGGAGAAUGUCGACAAGCAGCGCGAGUGGCUCCAACUCCAGACGUCGCUGGUGCACCUGACGGCCGAAAGUGAGGACAUUGGUGAAACGAACCAAGAGCUCAAGAGCAAAACGAGCAUCCUUGAGCAAAAGCAGCUGCGACUCGUCAACGAGUUUAACAAUUUUCAAGUCGAAGUCAAGGAACUCAAGGGGGGCAUUGCCGCCAUGCACAUCGACACGGUCAAGUUGAACGAGCUCAUUUCCCGGAAUCGCGACAAGCAGGAAGCCCUGGCCAACAUCAACUACAGUUUGGAGCUCGAAUUCAAGCGCGAGCUGAAAGAACUUGAGGCUGAGUCGAUCGCAAUGGAAGCGCAGGCGAGUGCCAUUAAACAGGAAAAGCAGACGCUGCUCGACCAGAUCAUCGAAGUUGAACGUCAAAUCAUGCUGUGGGAGAAGAAGAUUCAAAUCGAGAAGGAAACCCAAGCCGCGUUGGACCCAGAAGUUGGUCAAGCUGAAGCAAAGAACAUGGAACGCGAGAUCCAUCGCAUGCGGCUGCGGCUGGAAGCGCUCGAGCGGGACCAGGAGCGGAUGAUUUUUGAAAUGGAGCGGGCCAUCCACAAGAGAGAUGCAAUCGCGAUGCGCGGCCGAGGCAAGAAGGAGUCGGACAUGACCCAGGCGUCGCUGUUGAGCAAGGUCGCGACUUUGCAAAACAAAGCGCGCCAAGCCGCGAAGGAAACAGCGGCGCUGGAAAAAUCCAUCAAGCAAAAGAGCAUCCAGAGUGAAGACAUUUCGUUCCAAAUGGACAAAAUCAGCCAGGAUCUCAAAACCCAGGAAGACCGAGCAGCGACGCUGCAGCGCUCAAUCAACCAAGCGCUGUACGAAAAGCAACGGUGCAUUGACACGGAAGCCCGUAAACAGCGCUUGAUGAAAAAAUGGGACCAAAUUUGCCAAGGUAAAGGAUUCGAUCCCGCCGACGAAGAAAAGAUCCACUUCGACAAAGAGAAAGCGAUCAACGACACCAAGAAGAUCCGAGACAUGAUCGAGUCACUGCAACACCAGCAUCCGCACUUGAAGGAAGUCCUUACGCGGGUCGCGUUGUUGGCUGAAUCGUAGCAUGACGACGUCACUGGUCGUGUUUUGUGCAGGAAAGGUCAGGUUUCAAUAUUUCGUUUCCUCGCGUUACAAGAUGCCUUCAGCAAGUUAGCCAAUGGGGGCCGGUAAAACUGUGUUGGAUUGUAACUUUGAGC